GAUUUUCUACAGUACUGACACAUAAUAUACAUCUGUAGUACUGCUCAUAUUUGAUCUUACAUAAAAUAUGUAGUUUAAUUUUAUAUGGUAAUUAAAACUGCCACAUACUUAGUUCACUUGAUUUUAUUCUUAAUUAAAUUUGGUCACUGAUUGAUACAUCAUUUAAUUGUGCAUCAUACAUAGGUGACUGCAUCGGGAGUGGUGCUAUAUGAUCCAGCCAGUGACAACUUUGACCUGCACCCUGACAGCUCUCUAAGAAGUAGUGCCUCCACAAUUUCCGCGUGGAGAGAAGAAUUGGAAGGAUAUCGGCAAGGACGGAAUCCAAGGGCUACUCGGGAUCCAAUCUUUUCAUCGAGAUCGGUCACGACGACUGAUACAGCAAUUUUUAUAGAUGUCGAAGAUUGCCCUACCGACCAGCGACCAACGUCAGAUGGGGGGACCUCUAAUAAAAAUAAGGAUCGUCCCGUUCUCCUGAGCGACAAUCACAUUGCAAGACUUCGUAAUAUCAUUCUCCUUGGAGUUGCUAGUUUCUCGUUCCCUUGGCGAUACAAUACCAAGACUCAUCGAGUGGAUCUGUUUAUCCCAUUCUUUACGAAAUUGUGGCGCGUAAUUUGGUACCUGUCCGUCAUUCAGAGCGCGGGAAUAACGGUGUUUCAGGUGUACUCGUUCUCCACGAGAAUGGGCGGGACGGAUGAGACGGGUAGUUGGCGGCCUGUUUUCAUGUCGUCCUUCUCUGUCCUCUGGUACUGCUAUUCCCUUUCUUUAAGCGCCACAAUGUUCUGGUACGGAGAAGCCAUGCGGAACUAUGUUAACGCCAUGUUUGAAAUAAAUGGAAAAUUGGUGGAUGAAUACUUGAUCACCGCUGAAGGACAUAAAGAAGGCGGGCAGAUCCUCCUGAAUCUUUCAAUACCAAGCAACAUCACACAAACUUUCAUUUCCAUUAGUUUGUUUCUGACCUUUCCAAAUUCGCCAUGGUACCUGUACAACUACAUCUAUUCGCCAGAGCACGGCUGGUGGUGGCUGAUUCCGGGUGCACUACACGAAUUUGUGUUUGCGGGCCAAGUGCUAUGUUUGUAUUUGUUGAUUGCUUGGAUCGUGGUGGCGCAUUCGAACAGUGUUACAUUCUGGUUGCAGGAAGCCCACAAACUCAACGAGUCAGAAAUGACCCACGAUGACCUUCGUCAGCCAAACAACGCUAUUCGGGUCUACCGCUCCCUCCAAGUUCUAACGAAUCUCUUUAACGACGCCAUGGCCCCGAUGGCAAUCCCCGUGGUAAAAGUGAUCAGCUGGACGGCCCUGAUUCCAUGUGGAUUUGUCCUAACUCGCUCCAUGAGUGGGGGAAAGUUUGUCCGCGAACUUCCCGGGAUCCUGACCUACCCUUUGGCCGUUAUAGACUGUGCGAGUUGUCCCUUCGGGUUACUGCAAAUGGGAGCGCGAAUGUACGACAUUACGGCGUCUUUUUUGACGUCAUGGUCUCAAACGAGGCACUUUGCUUUGAGAAGGAUCCUUAUUUCGUGCCCGUUAUUAAAAGCUAAGAUUGGAAGGUUCUACUUCAUCACGACUUCUACGACGAUCCAGUUCUUCAAGUCCGCCCUGGAUUAUAUUAUAAAUGCGAUUGUGUCUUUCCCUUAAUGGUGGUAUUCAUGUACAUCGAAACCAGUAAUUAAUAUUCAAACAUGUACAAUUAAACAAUGCAGGUUAUUAAGUCCGUGGCAUCAAAACCAAAAUUUACAAUGCGUAAAUUUGAAAUAAUCAAAUUAAUGAAAAUUGACAACUUUCAGUUCUAUAUAAUAUUUAGAAUGUACUUGGCUGCAUCCGAUUAUGUCAACAUUUAGUUUGAGAUUAAUUGUAUAUUCC